ACACGAUAAUAACGAUGGUUUGUGUCGCGAGUGAACGUGCAAUCGGAAGGACAGUUCCCACCACGGUCUCCGUGUGGCCGCUGAUAGCGUUGAUGGCGAUGGCCGAACUAGGCCAAAUAUUUGGCUACCACAUCCGGCACAUCGAGGAGGAACCGAGCCACCAGCUGCAGCAAGAUCUGAUGGACUUUAUCGAUCUGGUACCGUUUGAGGAUGUGCAGCGAUUAAUGCAGUACUACUAUCACUACGACGUCGAGGUGGAGAGUGCGUUCGACUAUGUGUCCACCGAGGACUACACACAGAUCCGGCUGGACAUUGUGAAUCUUGGCGAGGUGCGCAGCUUUCGGCGCUACCUGGACAGCAUCGGGUUCAGUGUGGAGAAGGUGUGGAUCGAGCUGAACAAGCGGUUCGAUGCGGACGACAUCUUUGCCGAGCCAGACGAAAGCGUCCGCAUGUUAAAUCUCACCACCAGAGGAUUGAAUGGAUUAGUCGAUGACAUAUUGGCGCUGCUGCCGCAGGACGAAAUAAUCCUGCUUUUCUUCGACAAGCUGGAAACGAGCAAUGACUUUUCCUUCUUCUUCGAGCAGAUCGGUAGCGGCGAGUUUGAGAACGUACUGAACACACUGCAGUCUUCUCAGCAGCUGCGGAUACUUCUCUGGAGACUACAGCGGCACGGAUUCGAUAUUCCCGGAUGGAUACAGCUCGUGCAGAAGUAUUUCAGUUUCAGUAGUUUCUAAUUCUUCGCCAUGCGG